AUGCCAGAGACGGUGGAAUAUUGCUUGGAAAACUUGAAAAAUAUCAAACAGGCUGAGUUUGUGCUUGUCGUUCUACCUAGCGAAAACGCCACAAUUGACAAGAGCACAAUUUACAAUUUUGUGAAAUUCGGCGAAAACAAUGACAAAAAUAUCAUUAGCCAGUGUGUGAUGGGUGAAAAAGUAGUAAACACUCCGCAGGGCUACUACGAUAAUCUUCUUGAUAAGAUUAACGCCAAACUGGGUGGAACAAAUAUGCUUGUUGGCCACGACUACAUCCAGGACUUGCCGUUCAGCCUCUCAGAGACCAUGGUGGUAGGUGCGGACGUCAACCACCCUGGUAUGAUUGAGAAGGUGCCCCUCUCCAUUGCCGCCGUAGUGGGCAGCUUUGACGCCAAUAUCAGUCACUACUCGAACGACAUUCGCAUACAGAAGAAGGAUCGUACCGAGACAAUUCACGACAUUGCCCAAAUGUUGGAGAAACUGCUCAUCCACUACCAAAAGAAAAACGAAGGGCGCUAUCCAAACAACGUCAUUGUCUUUCGCGACGGUGUCGGCGAUGGCCACGUGAAGAUCCUUCGCGACUCGGAGCUAGUGUCCAUGGAGGCGAUGCUGAACCGACUGGCUCCCAACGUGAAGAUCGCCUUCAUCAUCGUCCAAAAGCGCCACAUUGUUCGCCUUGGAUUGACCACCCAGAACACCAACGCCCGCAAGCCGACGUACAACGUGGACAGCGGCACAGUCGUGGACACGCACAUUGUGGAGCCAAUGAUUGAUGGCAUGGUUCUCAAUAGCCACUUUUCGCAGCUGGGCACAUCAAAACCCUCAAAGUACACCAUCUUGCGCGACGACUUUGGCCUGAAGACCGACCAGAUUGAGCGCCUGUGCUUCUUUGCCUGCCACAACUGUGCGCGCACCCGAAAGACCAUCAGCAUUCCCACUUCGAUUCGCUACGCGGAUCUGUGCGCCUACCGCGCCAAGCAGCUCACGGAUGCGUACCAAACGCGCAACUCCGAUCAGACAUCGACCAGUCUUACCUCUAUGACUGUAGACACUGAACUGCACGAGCAGGAGCUCUUGAUGAAGCUUUCAAAGGUGCUAACCAUCGAUGCAGAGAAGUCUGAGAAGCUCUAUUACAUUUGA